UUCGUGAAAACCUGAGCCAAACAGACGAGUUCAUCCUCCGGAAAUUUGUCCUUAUGUGUCUCGAGGAAAUUUCUCCUCAACUCCCAGUGCUCGUCGCACUCGUGCUCAACCCUGUGCUUCUCCACAUCCCAAUUAGUAUUCACAGACAUUUCGACUAUUUUCACCCACCAAAACACCACAAAACCUCAGUUUUUACUCCAAAAAACAACAACAACCCCAGUUUUUGAGGUUAGGAGCACAAAAUCGCCUGUUUUAACCCCAAAAUCUCUUACUUCACUCCGAAAAAACAACUCUCCCGUCAAUUCCAACACGACUUCUCCCCCAGAAAACUCUUUCAACCAACAAACAAUAAAUUAUUAUCGCUUUUUCACUGAAUUUUUAUGUUUUAGGUCUUAGUCUGGCCGAAGCUUCAGAAAUAAAAAAAACUGGUGGGGGAGCAAAAAAAAUGGCGGAUGCAUCUAGAUAAAAUAAAAUUAUUUCCUCGUCACUUUUUGUUCGAUUUAUUCAGUGAUUACAAAUGUUGUUGCAGUUGUCAUAUCUUGAGGACUAAAUUAUCAAUAUUUUUUCAUAAUUUUUUAUAAAGUCUGCAUCAGCAGCUGCUGCAUGUGCGUUUCCGUAGAAAACUCCAGAUAUUUUUUAGAUUCCCAACAAUUUUUUUAACUGCAUUGUUUUUUUUUCGGGGCUAGGAGGAAAAACAAGAAAUAACAGAAGAGUUGACAUAACGGAAUUAUGAGUUGGUGAAUAAUUUGUAACGAAUUGCCACAUGUGUUGAAUAGUGAUGAAAUAGUUGGAGAUGGAAGGGGAGUGUUCACGUCAGUGGAGAUAGAGGAAGAAGAGAGAGUGAGUUGGGGAGAAAAUAAAUAAAUAAAUAAUAGUGUGUGGCGAUGGUUCUGAAUGACCAGUUCAGUGUGGAGAGGGCGAGGGCUGUCAUCGAGGCUGGAAUGCAGAGUCCACAUGUCAGGUACUCGAUACUGGUCCUGGAGGAGUGUCUCGAGAGGUAUAAUUGCGACGAGGUUAUUCUGAGCUUCAACGGGGGCAAGGACUGCACAGCUGUUCUUCAUCUGGCUGCAUCGGUUUUCCUGCUCAGGGGGAUCCACUCGCUGACGUGUCUCUACGUCACUGGGGAACCGUUCCCCGAGGUCGACGCCUUCGUGGAGAAAGCAUCCCAGUACUACAACUUGAAAGUAAUCCGCAAGAAGAAACCCAUAAAAUCCGCACUGACGGCUCUCCUGAACGAAAACAAAAAACUGAAGGCUGGCUUGAUGGGCGUGCGGAGGGGCGACCCCGGCUCGGAGAAGCUCCAGCCCUUCCAGCCGACCGACCCCAGCUGGCCCCAGCUCAUGAGGAUCAGUCCCAUCCUGGACUGGACCUACCGGAACGUCUGGGACUUCCUCCUGGAGCACGAGGUCCCCUACUGCUCUCUCUACGACAAAGGCUACACGAGUCUGGGAGAAAGGACAAAGACCUUUCCCAAUCCUCUACUGCAAAUCCCCAAUGCUCCCUCGAGUUAUCGUCCUGCUUACACUCUCAUCGACGACUCCACCGAGAGAAAUGGAAGAGGAUAACGAAAGUUAUUCUCUACUUCCCUAGUUAAUUUGUCGUGAUGGGAGGGAAUGGAGUAGAAGAAAUCAAUUAAAAAAUUUAAUUUAUUGGAGGAUUCGUCUAAUUUUUUAAAUUCGUAUUUCUACCUUUACUGAUUUUAUGAGUCUCGUGCUUGCUCAAACUGUUUCAUGAGAAAUUCAGAGUUGGAGAGAAACAUAAAUUAUGAAGAGCAUGGAAAAUUCGUCUGUGAGAAAUUGAAUGAAAUAUAUUUUUGGAAUUAUUCUGUUGAGAUCCACGAGUAACUGAUUAGCGAGGUAUUUAAUGAGUUUCUUUGUAAUUUACACAAUUAUUUUUUGCAAUUUAGUUGUAAUAUUAUUGCAGUAGAACUGGUUGUGAUUUUGUGCUUUUGUUUUAUGCAAAAUAAAUUAGAAAUGGAAGUACUUUUUAUCUUCUAUUUUACUAUUUUAAGUGAUCAGUAAAAUCGUUUUAAUGACCGUAAACGACUGAGAAGUUGAACUUUUGGGAAAAUAUUUUUGGAAUUACUCUUCCGUCCCUUUACUCUGUAUAAUAGUUUCUACAAAAUUAAUAAAGGGACUAGUCUCAUACUCUGGCCAAGACUUGAACGUCUUGAACAGCUGAAGUAAUUGUUCGGAAUUAAGUUCAUCGAAUGUUGAGUAAAUAUCGUAAUCCUCGCGGAUGAGGCGAGGUCCACAGCCAGGGAUCCAUUUUCUGUGAAAGUUCGAAGACGAAAAAAAUAAUAAAGAGAAUUACAAUUUUUUAACACUA